AUGAAGAAAGAAACCUCGCCUCAGCCACGACUAGGGCUGCAACGUGACGGGACCACCAGCCACAGAUACCCGACACCAGGUCACUCACCACAGAAUCUGAGCGCGAAGGUUCCUUGGCCGCGGUACUCCAGCUGUGGCUCAGCCGCGCUUCUCGUCGCCCAGCAGAUCACCAGAUCUCCACCACCCAAUUCGACAAAUGUCAACCUCGGACCCGCUUGUCCGCUUAGUCCGCCCGAAUCGCCCCUGAUCACAUCCCUCCGCUGCUGUUGCUCGGGCUGGCUGAAUCUUCUGCAGCUAAACCUAUUUCUACUCCCAUCGCUCCCUCCAACGACUGCCCGAGUCCCCUUCGACAGCCGCUUGUUUGUUUUGCACGACCAUCCACACACCAGAGCCGCCGUCAGUUUCAGGAUGGAGAGAUAG